CGUCGUAACAUAUAUCAUCGGAAAAAAGAAUCCUAAACAAAAGAAGAACUUGAGAUUUCUAUUCUUGAGACAAAAUGGCAGAAGAUUCGUACGAGGAAGAGUGCGACUACUUGUUCAAGGCGGUGUUGAUCGGAGACUCAGCCGUCGGGAAAUCAAACCUCUUGUCUAGAUUUUCUAAAGACGAGUUCCGGUUUGACUCUAAACCAACCAUCGGAGUUGAGUUUGCUUACCGGAAUGUUCACGUCGGAGAUAAAAUCAUCAAGGCUCAGAUUUGGGACACCGCCGGCCAAGAAAGAUUUAGAGCAAUUACAAGUUCGUACUACCGUGGAGCAUUAGGGGCAUUACUGAUUUACGACAUCACAAGACGAACAACUUUCGUCAACAUAAAGAAAUGGCUUUUUGAGCUUAGGGACUUUGCCAAUCCCGAAACCGUGGUUGUCCUCGUCGGCAACAAAUCCGAUCUCCGACAAUCUAGAGAAGUCGAAGAAGACGAGGGUAAGACUCUAGCUGAAUCAGAAGGUCUCUUCUUCCUCGAGACUUCGGCUUUAGAGAACGUUAACGUCGAAGAAGCGUUUCUAGUGAUGAUCGGACGGAUACAUGAGGUUGUGACUCAGAGGAUAGCUUCGGACAACAAAUCCAACGGCGCUGCGACGGCUCAUAUGAACGGUAACGGUAACGGUACGGUUCUUCCCGUUGGUAAAGAAAUUGUGAAUAUACACGAAGUCACUGCUACUCAUCAACCGUUAAGCUCUUCCUCCAACUGUUGUUUCAAGUAAAUAAUAACUAAUGUAUUUUUUCGUUUAUUGUUUUGGAACACUUUGAUGAUGUUUUUAUUUGCAUGUUUAUUCGUGAAAAUUUUGACUUGGUUGAGUACAUGAAUUUUAAUCAUAUAAUAAUCACAUGAAAAAAUG